AUAAUAAUGGUAGCCAUUUCCUCUCGGGUUGAAAAGGUCCAUGCCAGGUGAAUUUAUUGCAGAGCCAAUCAAUAGGCCAAGUCUUGAAGGGUUUAGUCAAACUAUUCUACUUGGUAGCUAGCUUGGCUAAGAUAUUAUAUGCUCUAUAAAUACAUACGUGCAUGAAAGCUAAUUAAUAUCACCAAAAACACUUCCAAACAGCUCAAUAUAUUGCUAGAAUCUGCAUAUAUAAUCAAUAUAUAUUAGUAGCUAUCAUCAUUUCUACUAAUGGCUUCCAAUAGCUACUUCACCUUCAUCAUCUGGUCAACUCUCCUUUUCUCUCUAGCAACGACAGCGUUUUCCCAAAAUCUGUCCCCAUAUUUCUACCAAAAUGUGUGCCCAGAGGCUCUCCCGACCAUCCGGCGUGUCGUGUGUGACGCCGUCAAACAAGAGCGCCGGAUGGGCGCUUCCUUACUUCGUCUUCAUUUCCACGAUUGUUUCGUUAACGGUUGUGAUGGAUCAAUUCUGUUGGAUUCUUCUUCCACCAUUGACAGUGAAAAGAACGCCGUUCCCAAUGCCAACUCGGCUCGAGGGUUUGAAGUCAUUGACCGAAUCAAGUCGGAAGUAGAUAAAGUGUGCAAUGGCGCAGUCGUCUCUUGCGCUGACAUUUUGACCGUCGCUGCCCGAGACUCCGUAGUUGCGUUAGGGGGUCCAUCUUGGGUAGUUCCACUUGGGAGAAGGGACUCCACCACGGCUAGUAGAACUACUGCGGACAGUGACAUUCCAGCACCAUUCAUGGACUUAUCAGCAUUAAUAAGCUCUUUCACAAAGCAAGGACUUGACGUCAAAGACUUAGUCGCACUUUCCGGUGGCCAUACUCUAGGCUUUGCCCAAUGUAAGAACUUUAGAGAUCACAUCUACAAUGAUACAAACAUUGACAAGGGCUUUGCGGCACAACUUCAAACUAUAUGCCCACGUGUUGGAGGCGAUUCAACCCUAGCUCCUCUUGACGCCGGUCCUGCCAUUUUUGGUACAAAAUAUUUUAAUAGCUUGGUGGUAAACAAAGGACUUCUACAUUCCGAUCAAGAAUUGUUGAACGGUGGUCAGACUGAUAGCCUUGUCCGGACAUAUGCAGGAAACUAUCGCAUUUUUUCAAGUGACUUCGCUCAAUCUAUGGUUAAGUUGGGUAAUAUUCAACCAUUGACUGGGAACAAUGGUCAAAUUCGAAAGAAUUGUAGGAUGGUGAACUAAAUUGUGAUAGGAUUAAGUGUGAAUAAUGCAUGAAUGCAAUGUGAUCAAAUUCUUCAUUUUUUUACAUUUAAAAAAGAGUUUAUGAUGAUAUCCACAAAAGUGGAGAACUGAAUUAUUUCCCUUAAUUUUUCUUGUAUUCGGUUCCAAUGUAUUAUGUGUGUUAUUACACUAUUUUUAAUAAAUCAUUGUGUUUCAACUUUUUAUUUAAUUUCCAAUCAACUGAAAUAUAUGUACAUUUCCUCG